AUGGCCCGUCGAUUGCUUCCGUUCGUUCUGCUCGCCUUUGCGUACACCGUGAGCUCCGUUGUUGGUGACGCGUGCUCGUCGACGAUUCUUGUUCCCGUGCUGCUACCUGUCCUCAGCAAGCCCAACUAUGCGAAUUGCCAAAAGGACAGCGGUGUGCCUCUCUCGCUGACGGGAAACCUCCCGAGCCCGGCUAACCUCGCCAUCAUUGGCGCCACCAAGAGCUGCGUCGCCUUCUACGACGACGUGCAGGCCGCGGUCAACAGCGCCGGCGUCACGUGCACCGUGAAUGGGCAGUCGGUCUCGAAUUUUGUGGGCACUUCGAUCACGACGUUCGUGACCAACCUCAACGCGUACAUGAGUGCAACGACGGCACCGCCCGCCGGUUCCAAGCCUCUCAACAACUCGGCGUCUCUCGCGGCGCUCUCAAGUGUGACUCUGACGCUCCUCGCUGCCGCGCAUCUAGUCUUGUAG